AUGUCUACCAAGGCCCCGCCCACCCCAGAACAGAGAGAAUCCACAGUGCCUGACUCUACCCAGCCUGCUCUCAGCCCUGGAAUCCUCGGGCUGCACCCUGAGGAACUAUCUCACUUCCUCUUUCAGUUCUUAGGCCAACCAGGACAACAGGAGCCCUUGCCCCACCCUCCUGUUGGCUACCUCCAUCACAAGUCGUCAUGUCUCGGUCAGAAGAGUGAGCACUGCAAGCUUGAGGGAGACCUUCAGACCCCCAGAGAGGCACAGGGCCUAGAAGGUGUGCAGGCUCCCAUGGCUGAGAAGGAAGAGUCCUCCUCCUUCCCCUCCUCUCCCUCCUCCUCCCUCACUCCUUUGAUCCUGGGCACUCCAGAGGAGGUGCCUGCCACUGGGGCACUGAGUCCUCUCCAGAGUUCUCAGAGAGCCUGCUUCUCACCCACUGCCACCACAGCCACUCCAUCGAGUCAAUCUGAUGAGAAUUCCAGAAGCCAAGAAGAGGAGGGGCCCAUCACCUCCCAGGCUCCACCAGAUCCUGAGUCCUUGCUCAGUGAUGAGCUAAACAAGAAGGUGGCUGAACUGGUGCAGUUCCCGUGUGUCAAAUAUGUAACAAAGGAACCCACCACAAAGGCAGAAAUGCUAACAAAUGUCAUCAAAGAACACAAGGACCACUUCCCUGUGAUCUUCAGCAAAGUCUGUGAGUGCAUGGAGGUUGUCUUUGGCAUUGAAGUGAAGGAAGUGGACCCCACCAGCCACUCCUAUGUGCUCGUCAAAACACUUGACUUCACCUACGAUGGGAUGCUGAAUGAUGACCAGGGCAUGCCCAAGACCGGCCUCCUGAUACUUAUCCUGGGUGUGAUCUUCAUGGAGGGCAACCGUGCCCCUGAGGAGAAAAUCUGGGAAGUGCUGAAUAUGAUGGGGGUAUAUGCUGGGCAGGAGGAUUUCAUCUACGGGGAGCCCAGGAAACUCAUCACCAAAGAUUUGGUGAAGGAACAAUAUCUAGAGUACCGGCAGGUGUCUGACAGUGAUCCUCCGCACUAUGAAUUCCUGUGGGGUCCAAGGGCCUAUGCUGAAACCAGCAAGAUGAAAGUCCUGGAGUUUUUUGCCGAGAUCAGUGGGACUGACCCCACUUCCUUCCCAUCAUGGUAUGAGGAAGCUUUGAGAGAUGAGAGAGCCCAGGCCAGAGCUGCCACGGGGGAUGAUACUAGUGCCACAGCCAGUGAAAGUUCCAGUGUCAUGCCCAGCAGCCUCUCCUGCCCUGAGUCAGCAGUGCCCAGCACCAAGAAUGAACCCCCAGGCUCAACAGUUCCCCUGCUGGGAAAAGGACAGCGGACGACCCCGGCAGCCUGUGCUGCUACGCACCUCGACAGCCCUUGUGGACGUUGCAGACCCACUCAGCCUCCAUCACUGAGGACCUCACCACAGACCCCAGCCGACCGUUCUGCAGAAGACCCCCGCAGCCUUCGCCACUGUAGAAACCAAUGGCCAGCACAGCAGCCGUGGAACCCCUGCCGAUUGGCCACUGAGGUUUUCACCGCACCCACCGGAUUGGCAUUUGCAGAACCAGCUGCCGGAAUCCCUCCCGCUCCCUUCCCUCCCCUUCCACUGGAGCCCGGGAUCCACGCCGGCAGCCAGGUGCAGCCUCCGCAGCCAUGA